AUGAACAUCGUAUCAAAUCUACCGAUGGCUAUGGGAACCGACGAACCGCAAGUCAUACAUCCCUUCUUUCGACAAGAAUUCGGUGUCUCAGCCAAAUCUACACCCUCAAACGAGCCAAUCUCGCCCGCGAAUACCCACGUACAUGAGCUUCGACCGAUAAGCAGCCAAAGCUCUACGCAUGAGCAGGGGCUCCAGCCCCCGGAGAAUCACCAUCCAAAUGUCCAAAAAAUUCACAGGGAGAGUUCUGUGGAUCUCGUCGAAGACUUGAAUGAGGAUCGGAGGAAGAGGCGAAGGACGGACAAAGCCCAAACCAUCGAACCCACCACUACUUCCAGUAUUGGUCUCUCAGACUGCCUCGACCCUAGCGUGACCAACAGUACGAUUUUGUCAACUGAUCGUCCUCACGAAACCGAAGGUAAUUUCUCUCUACCUCACACCGAGGAUCCGCUGGCGGAGACCCAACUUCCUGCAGAUGAAACUCCGCCAAUGGCACCUGCCGAGAACGAGAAACCAGAGGGUCCAACUAAAUUCGAAGGGAGGGUUCCUGUCGUCACCCGCUUCCAGUCCUCCACGAGAGACAAAAAGAGAGCGACAGGGAAACGGGGAAGGCCUCGGAAGGUUGAGCGCAAGGUGGUGACAAUCAGGUAUAGCAUCGACAAAGAAAAAAAUAUCGGGAAAUUGGUCGACGAUAUCCUAGAUGGCCGAGCGGUUCAAAAGCCCCCUGCCACUGUACCCACUGUACCCUCUGUUCAGCCGCCCAAGGCGAAAAGCCAACCUCGAAAGCCCACACACCCGUUCUUCAGCAAGAAAUCAGCACAGAAACCCGGUCCUACGAGUUUGAAUGGAUCCCAAUCGGACAAUUCAGAUAUCAGCGCGAGCGUGCUCCCAAGCCAAACCACAGCUGUGGCCCCGGACAAGAAGCGGAUAGUAGCAGCUUCAGGAAGUUCGUUUGCUAGCUUUCCCCGUCGUGUCUCUAAGUUCGCCGAACUGCUUGAUCCCCUUUGGCCACCGCAAGAUCUUGUGCAUGUCAGAGACGUUCACUCACCCCCAGAUGUUAAUGAUCGUGUCUGGCAUACUACCCAGGACCGAAAAAAAUCCAAGGUCGCGGCUAUCUCAAUUAGAGACGAAGAAAACGUCCUUCUGGUUGGAACAGCUGAAGCCAGGAGGAUCGCUCGCCUGUCCAAGCAGGACUACGAUGCUUUAACUAUUCUUCGGCAUCCCGUACGACAUGUUGCUAGCAGUCAAGUCUUGCAUACAGCAAUGGAAAGACAGAUGUCGUGGUCCUCACCAAACCGCCAAUAUCCUUGGAAUUCUUCUAGUCCACCUCUUGCCAGACUUCGAUCAGCCCUACUCACAUCAGUUUCAGCUUUCGAUCGUGCAACCUACGAACCGCAUCUUUGGACACACAAGUACGCCCCACAGUCAGCCGAAGACGUCUUGCAGCUUGGCCGUGAACCACAGAUGCUUCGAGACUGGCUACGGCACCUCAAGAUCACAGCAGUGGACACCGGAAAAUCAUCGAAGGACAAUGCGAAAUCGAAAUCGAAGCGAGAGAAAAAGGCGAAAAAGCGCCAGAAAGCUGACAAACUCGAUGGCUUCGUUGUGUCAAGCGAAGAGGAGGCUUCUGAGAUGGACAAUUUCUCUGGCUCAGAUGACGAGUUAGCGGGCGGCGUGACCACAACACCUCAACGGACAGUCGUUAGGUCGGGUGACAUAGCAUCUGGUUUACAUGGAGCAGAAAGAAAGAUCCCAAUGACCAAUGCGAUUCUUCUUAGCGGCCCGGCUGGCUCUGGCAAAACCGCUUCUGUCUAUGCCGUUGCAAAAGAGCUUGAUUUUGAGGUUUUCGAGAUAAACGCUGGAAGCCGACGAAGUGCCCGAGAUAUGCUGGAGCGAGUCGGAGAUAUGACGCAAAAUCAUCUUGUUCAUCUCCUCAACGAAUCCGAGAAUGCAACAUACAACGACAAGGAUGCCGCUAAGCAAAACAAACUGAAGAGCUUUUUCAAAGGCACAUCCUCGAAAGCUAGCAAAUCAGCCCCCCAGUCUGGCGAACCUAAGCCCGAAACUGCGCCCAAACGCCCCCGGGAGCAAAAACAGUCUUUGAUCCUACUCGAAGAAGCCGACAUCCUUUUCGAUGAAGAUCGGCAAUUCUGGACUGGCGUUUUGACUCUCAUCAGUCAAUCUAAGCGACCGAUCGUCAUCACCUGCAACGAUGAGAGUUUAAUCCCUACUCAGGAUAUGUCUCUUCAUGCCAUAUUGCGAUACCGCAAGCCUGCUCAUGACUUUAGCAUCGAUUACCUGCUUUUGGUUGCCGCCAACGAGGGGCAUAUGUUAAAGCGAGAGGCUGUCACCAGACUUUAUCAAGGAUCCGGAAUGGAUCUUCGGAAGUCGUUGAUGGAUCUGAACUUCUGGUGCCAGAUGGGUGUCGGUAGCGAGAAAGCAGGUUUGGAUUGGCUGCUUCCUAGUUGGCCACCUGGGUCAAACGUGGAUCAUGAUGGGGAUCGACUUCGUGUUUUGAGCCUCAACACCUACGAGCGAUAUAUGGGCUGGUUCAAUCGUGAUAUGGUUGUGACCCAAGGUUCGUUGGAUGAAGAGACGGAAAUCAUCCGCAACAGUUUCCAAUCGUGGGGUGUCGGCCUGCAAGAUUCCGAAGACAUGGCUGGGAAGAAUGAAAUCGAACUUCUGUCUCCUGAUCAACUUCAGUCUAUUCCCAAGCCAACGCAGCUUGACAUCCUGUGCCGGGAAGCGGAUUACUAUGACAUGAGGAGUUCUCUCGACAUACUUUGCUCCAAUAUCUCCUUGGACGCGAGCAAUGAUGCGAUUGAUAUAUCCGCCCCACCCCCGCCAGAAGGCUUUAAAUCCAACUAUCUUGACAAUUACCCACUCCUGCACACAGAACUGCGAACGGAGUAUUCCUCACUCAGUGAAACUGUCAGUGCUACCUUUGGUGCGUUGAUAAGCCGAACUUUCCGUCCCACAACCGCCCAGGAUUUGGAAUCUUUAUAUGCCAACCGGGUCUUGAGCAAAUCCAUUGGCUCUGCAAUGCCUCUGCAAACCCCUCCAUCUACUCUUCCCCAAUUUCAGCGCAUCUUUGAACCCAUCAUGCGUGCCAACUACUCAAACCCUACACCAACAGCCCGCCAUGCCCCUUCAUUCGAGAAUGGACUUGCGCCGAUCACGGAAGAUUUGGCCCCGUACAUCCGCAGUAUCAUGGUCUUUGAUGGUCGUCUCCAGCAAUACCGCGAGAGGCUGUUUGCGCUCACAGCGCAGGAACAUGGGCGCGGCGAGCAGCGUUCCCGCACGACCCGUGCUAGUCGUGCGGCUCUUGAAGGAGGUAGCAAAGCCUCAACGCGCAAGGAGAGGUGGUUCGCUCUAGACACACCUUACUAUAAAGUGCAAGGCACUGCAGGGCCGGAGUGGCAGCAUGUCUUGUUCCAGAUGGGGUAUUUCCAUGUCCAACCUAUGCUUGAGCCAUCCCCCGAGUGCAGUGACCAUGUCUUGGGUGAUCAAGCCAUGGAGACUGCGGAGUGA